UCUUUUUUAUCUCUUUCUUCUUGGAAAACAACACAAGCCAGGAUGAUAUUCUCCUAAAGAAAAUUUCUGCAGAGGCUUUCGCAUUCAAUGAAGUUGAAGAAAAAUCAACAGCAAAAGUAAAAUCAAAACGGUCAAAAUAAUAUCAUUUAAAGAAUUAUCAGUCUAUAUUGGCCACUAUGAGUUGCUUAUGACAGGAAGUUAUGUAUUAGCCGGGAGCAAUGAAAUAGUUCCUUACCUAGGAUCAUCUAUGGCAAAGUUUGAAUUAGAAAAUGAAGCAACCAAAAACGUUUUUAUGAGAGUCGACGUACCACCAUAUACCAAUACUAUACGUCUCCUUCAACAAUACUCCAAAAAUCGAUUACAUAAACCAUGGUAUCGUUGUUUAUGUUCAUAUCUAAAAGGCUUUACCCCUAUUAUACUCAUUGAUUGUGAAAACUAUAUUCCUCAAAAGAAUAAGGCAAAGACAAUUCAUCGCUCUGCUUCUCGUCUACUGUCUAUCUUGUGUGGCCAAUGCCCAAGUACAAAGGACAUGAUCUUAGACAUGUGGUUCCUAGGCACCUUUACCGCCAUUAUAAAAACGAAGCAACAAUCCCCGACUAAUUUCAGAUAAGUUCUCUGCUUGAAAGUGCUGGGCCCUGUAUAUAUGCAAUUUUUGGUCAAAGUUGCUAUGGAAAUUGAGACAAGAGCACACAUGAAAAGCUAUUUUAUUUCUUUUGCGUACACAGUAAUGCUGAAGCCAAAAGUGUAACAUUAAAGAUCACACAAGAUGGUUUUAAAGGAUGAAAUAAAAAGAAGAAAG